AUGAAGUCCUCAAUUUUCUUUCGCCUGCAGGCGCUUCACGCAUUUCAUCUAGCUUUGGCUUACACUGAGAGCAGUCAAAACGAGUCAACUUUACCUCAAUCUGUCGGUCAGCCAGUGGGCCAACCGGUGGGUGGAUUUGUGUCGGUGCGAGCGGGUCGCAAACAAACACCCUUCCCACAGUGGCUUUCUGAUUUUACAGGUUUGAAAGAAUGGCCGGGAAUCGAUCCUCCCUAUAUCCCCAUGGAUUUCAUCAAUUUCAGUGAGAUUCCAGACUACAAGCGCUACGAACAGGGCGUGUGUGGGGUGAAUCCCCGCGAGUCGUGCUCAUUCGACUGCGAUCGCUGUCUGGCCCCCGACGACAUCUUCACUUGUCACAAGCUUUCGCAAACCUUCGAUGACGGCCCGUCAUUGGCUACCGAAAGAUUGCUAAACAGUUUAAACCACAAGACAACGUUUUUCAAUUUGGGUAUCAACAUUGUCAACUUUCCAGAUAUGUACCAGAAAAUUCUCGACAAUGGGCAUCUUGUUGGCACCCAUACUUGGUCUCAUCCAUUCAUGCCCAGUUUGACGAAUGAACAAAUCAUUGCUCAACUUCAAUGGUCGAUUUGGGCGAUGAAUGCAACAGGCAACCAUUUACCUAAAUGGUUUAGACCUCCGUAUGGAGCUAUUGACAAUAGAGUGCGGUCCAUAUCCAGGAUGUUCGGUCUGCAGGCCGUCUUGUGGGACCACGAUACGUUCGAUUGGCAGCUAUUGACCGAAGAUCAAACGGCACGAACAGAGGAAGAUAUAUACAGAGAGAUUCAAGAUUGGAAGAGGCGCGGCACGGGACUCAUUCUUGAGCAUGAUGGGAGCUUCAGGACGGUCCAAGUGGGAAUCAACGUUGACAAGAUUCUGGGCGAUGAUCAAUUAACAGUUGCCGAAUGCGUUGAGGGAAUCGAUUAUAUCAAAACAUUUCCUUCUACGAAGAAGUCAAGUGUGGCCAUAGAAUGA